GAGCGGCGGCUGGAGCCUGCCUCGGGCGCCGGGGCCGCUGGAGGGCGGCGGGGUGGCCCCAGGCCGCGUCCGAGAUCGAUGUGAGGGCGCUCGACAGCGGCGGCGAUGGCGCUGAGCGGGGUGCGGGUGCUGGAGCUCGCCGGACUGGCGCCCGCGCCGCUCUGCGGGAUGAUCCUCUCCGACUUCGGGGCGCAGGUGGUGCGAGUGAACCGCCCGUCCCGCUCCGGCGCGGCCUUUGAGCACUCAGACGUGCAGGCCCGCGGGAAGCGCUCCUUGGCGCUCGACCUGAAGCGGCCGCAGGGCGCCGCGGCGCUGAGGCGGCUGUGCGGCGGGGCCGACGUGCUCAUCGAGCCCUUCCGCCACGGUGUCAUGGAAAGACUUGGGCUUGGCCCAGAGGUCCUUCUACAGGAGAAUCCCAGACUCAUCUAUGCUCGACUUACUGGGUUUGGCCAGACAGGAAAAUAUGCCAAGUCUGCAGGUCAUGACAUCAAUUACUUGGCUUUAUCAGGUGUGCUGUCAAAGCUGGGUAGAAAGAAUGAAAAUCCUUAUCCACCUGCAAACCUUCUGGCCGAUUUUGCUGGUGGAGGUGUCAUGUGUGCAUUGGGCAUUGUUAUAGCCCUCUUUGAACGUGCCAGAUCUGGCAGAGGGCAGGUCAUCGAUGCAAGUAUGGUAGAAGGAGCUGCAUACCUAAGUUCUUUCCUGUGGAAAUCGCAAAGUUUGGGUCUUUGGAGCCAGCCUCAAGGUGAAAACCUGCUGGAUAGUGGUGCGCCUUUUUAUGAAAUCUACAGGACCUCUGAUGGAAAAUUCAUGGCUGUUGGUGCCAUUGAGCCUGUAUUUUAUAAACAGUUAAUAAAAGGUCUUGGGCUAAAUUUUGAUGAACUCCCUGCUCAGAUGAGUUUCUCUGACUGGCCUGAAAUGAAGAAAAAAUUUGCAUCCAUAUUUGCACAGAAGACACAGGCUGAGUGGUGCAGCAUAUUUGAUGGCACUGAUGCCUGUGUGACCCCCGUUUUAUCCAUCAAUGAUGCUGCCUCACAUCAGCAUAACAAAGAAAGAAGUUCUUUUAUCAAAAAUGAUCAGGGAGAGAUAAGUCCUAGACCAGCUCCUGUUCUAUCAAGGACUCCUGCUGUUCCAUCAUGUAAAAGAGAUCCUUUUAUAGGAGAGCACACAGAAGAGAUACUUCUAGAAUAUGGUUUCACUAAGCAAGAAAUUGCUAAACUUUAUUCUGAUAAAGCAAUAGAAUCCAAUAACCUGAAAGCUAAUUUAUAAUUUCUGACUAUGCAUAUCAGAUAAAUUACAGGCUGAUACUGCAAGCUUUUAUACUUCAAAAUUUAACUAUAUGACAAAUAAAUUGUUUGCAUAAUACUGCUUUUAAAUAAUUUAUAUUUUUCAAUUAUUGACAUCUUUAAUUUGAAAACAGUGGGACAUAUGUACUUGUGUACUGGGAUGAUCUGUUGUGUAGAAUGAUACUCUAAUUGCAUUCUGAAGAUACACACAGUUUACUUGUGAAGCACCUGUAAACUCUCAGAAUGUUUGUUUAAAUAUUGUGUCCUUUGGCUUGAUUAUUUUAAUUCUUGGUUAUACCACUGAUUUGUAAUACAUGUUGUAAUUACCUGAAAGCAAUUCUUUUAAUAAAAUAUAGUUAUAUUAUUCUUAAA